AUGUCGCCAUCUUCCAACGGCGACUCCCCCCUCUCGGCCACUGGAACCAUGACGGCCACCAUCAGCGCCAACAUCAUGAGGCAGUUUGCUAUGCCGUCUCGAGACUUCUCGCUCGAGAUCCCCUCGCCCCAGCUGCUCGCCUCGACCAACGGAGUGAACGCGCUCAAGUCGCCCACCUCGCUCAAGUCGGCCAGGACCCCUAGUUUCAGCCGCGAGGGCAUUUUGGGAUCGGCCCAGAAGGCCCGGGACCUCUCGCAGUCGUCCGAGAACCGUCAAGACAACGGCACCAACGGGCUCAACAAGACGUCGAGCGACGAGGGCAGCAACCCGCUGAAGAGGAGAAACACGGACGCCGGCCUCGACUAUCCGCGACGGAGAGCAACCAUAGCUUGCGAGGUCUGCCGCUCACGGAAGUCGCGGUGCGAUGGAACAAAACCCAAGUGCAAGCUGUGCACCGAGCUGGGCGCCGAGUGCGUCUACCGGGAGCCCGGCAUCAAGCUCGAUGCAGGCGACAAGCUCAUCCUGGAGCGCCUCAACCGCAUUGAGAGCCUGCUGCAGAUGAACAUGGUUGGCGGUGGCCAUUCGGGCGGCAUGGCCAUGUCGCACGACUCGCCCAACAUGAGCAACGGCACGGCCCUGAGCGGCGACAACAUGAUGAUGCCGGGCGGCGCCAACUUCGUGUCCAUCAUCCCCAGCGGCGGGCUAGGCACGUGGUCGGCAGCGCACAACAACAGCAUAUCGACAAUGCCCAAGGUGCACACUAACGCGGCCCUGCACUUGCUGCAGUGGCCCAUGAUCCGGGAUCUUGUUUCGCGGCCCUACGACCCCCAGAUCCUACUACAGCUCGAGAUGGCGCGCGAGCCGCUACACUCGCUCACAAAGACGCCGUGCGUCGACCUGUCCAACACCAAUGCCUACAUCGAGGCCUACUUCGACCAUGUCAACGUCUGGUAUGCCUGCGUCAACCCGUACACAUGGCGGAGCCACUACCGCAUCGCCCUUUCCAACGGGUUUAGGGAAGGGCCCGAGAGCUGCAUCGUGCUCCUGGUCCUGUCCCUGGGUCAGGCCAGCCUCCGGGGGAGCAUAUCGAACAUUGUGCCCCACGAGGACCCGCCCGGCCUGCAGUACUUCACAGCAGCGUGGGCACUGUUGCCGGGCAUGAUGACGUCCAACAGCGUGCUUGCGGCGCAAUGCCACCUGCUUGCCGCCGCCUACCUGUUCUACCUCGUCCGGCCGCUCGAGGCGUGGAACCUGCUCUGCACGACGAGCACGAAGCUACAGCUGCUCCUGAUGGCCCCCAGCAGGGUCCCGGCCGACCAGCGAGAGCUGAGCGAGAGAAUCUACUGGAACGCGCUCCUCUUUGAGAGCGACCUGCUCGCCGAGCUCGACCUGCCCCACUCGGGCGUCGUGGCGUUUGAAGAGAACGUGGGCCUGCCGUGCGGCUUCGAGGGGGACGAGCAAGAGUCUGUCGGGCGCGACGACCUGUGGUACUUCUUGGCCGAGAUUGCGCUGCGGCGGCUCUUGAACCGCGUCAGCCAGCUCAUCUACUCCAAGGACUCGAUGGCGUCGACCACCAGCCUCGAGCCCGUGGUUGCCGAGCUCGACUUCCAGCUGACGCAGUGGUAUGAGAGCCUGCCGCUGCCGCUGCAGUUCCCCUUCACGCGCACCAUGCUUCCGGACCCCGUGCAGACGGUGCUGCGGCUGCGAUUCUUUGCUUGCCGCACAAUCAUCUACCGGCCGUACAUCCUCGCGGUUCUAGACAGGGAGGAGGCGGUACUAGACCCCUCAGUGCGGGAUAGCUGCCACAAGUGCCUCGAAGCCUCUAUCCGGCAAUUGGAGCACAUUACCGCGCAUCACGCCGGACAUAUGCCUUACCUCUGGCAAGGAGCCCUCUCUAUUGUCUCGCAGACACUGCUCGUCAUGGGCGCCACCAUGUCGCCGUCUCUGUCCAACAUCCUCUGGAGCCUCGUGCCGCACCGUGAAACCAUAGACCAGAUCAUUAACAGCGUUGUUGUCGAGAUCGAGCGCUAUUCUGUUCUGUCUCCCAGCCUCAGCUUGUCCGCCGAGAUUCUCAAGGAGGCCGAAGUCAGGCGCCGCGCCUUCCUGAGUAUGAACGGUUGA